AAAUAAAAUAUUGGUUGAAUUGUGGCGCCUUCACUAUAAAUUUAAUUAUACAAAUUACACUCAAAACACGAUUGUAUAUAACUUGGCAGUUUUAAUGAUAUAUUACAAAUAAAAAAAAAAAAUAUAAAUUGGUUUGCAGAUCUUAGAAAAUAACUAAUCGUUUGACGAUCCUUUUUCAGUAUAAAGAGAACUUUUACACCGAUGUCCUUGCGUACAUAUAUGUACAUGUAUUUUUCAAUAAACUGUGCGAAAGAGGCUUCUUAAAACUAAGACUAAAACGCCACAAAAACAAAUAAAACAGUUAUAAACGAAAAACAUAUAAAUGAAGAUUAAACAAUUAUUAACUGUACUUUGUAUACAGUUGAGCUUGGGAUCAUGUUAUUUUAAUGAUGAUAGUAACGAGGACUCCAAAAGUGAUAGUAGUGAUAGAAUACAACAUAAAAAUUGGACCCGUCGUGAAAUUAUGGACAAAAAUGGAUUAUAUUGGCUCCAAUGGUGGGUAAAAGAAAACGAUAAUAAUGUAUAUUUUGAAGUGACUGUUAACACUCGGGGGUAUAUCGGACUCGGGUUUUCUAAAGAUGGUCUUAUGUCCAGAUCAGACCUGGUCCUUUUAUGGGUCGACGAUAGCACGGGCCAGGCAAACGUAUUGGACUAUCAUGGCGCACAACAUUCAUUGAAUAAAGACCCACUACUAGAUGAUACACAAAACUAUUAUGUCCUAAAUGGCUUUCAAAAUGCUACACAUACAAAUGUAAAGUUUAAACGUAAGAUAGAAACCUGUGACCCAUAUGAUAUUCCAUUUUCGACUGAUACUGUAAAAAUACUUUGGUCCUUUGGGGAAAUGGAUCCCAAUUAUGAAAGCUUAACAUGGCAUGGAAAAAACAGAGGUGUCAAGUCAGUGCAUUUACUUUCUCCUAUGUUUACCCAAAAUAGCCGAGAUCCACAAACAAGAAAAAAAAAAAUAUCGGAGACAAGGAAUUGGGAUAUAACAGUUAAUAAUGUAACCAUCGAACCCACAAUGAACACUCUAUAUUGGUGUAAAAUAGUACGAAUUCCAGAGUUAUCUAAUAAACAACAUAUUAUUGGUUAUGAGGCACUGUUAUCUCAUUCCGGUCACUUAAAUAUAAAUAUUGUCCAUCAAAUGACCCUUUUCGAAUGCCAGACAAAAUCCUACCCUGGAUCGGAUCCAUUAUCGUGGGAUUUGUGGGUUAGAGGUUCUGGCACAGUAUGCAACAGUAAUCUGCUGACCCCACGAGAUUGGGAUUCUUGUUCCACACCAGUUGCAGUUUGGUCGCCGGGAUCUAAGGGACAGUUUUUGCCUUCUCAUGUUGGUAUUCCAAUGGGCGGUGUAUCAGGAGUAAAAUAUUAUAUGCUAGAAGUUCACUAUGAUAAUUCUAACAGAAAGAAAAUUGUUGAUCAUUCUGGAUUCCGAAUACAUUACACACACGAUUUGCGUACAUACGACGCGGGCAUCAUAGUAAGUGGGGUUUCUAUAUCUGACACUCAGCUAAUUCCACCUGGUCAAAAUAUCUACCGAAAUGUCGGGAUUUGUGGUCCCCCUUGUUCAAGUGUGAUGUUUCCGGAGAAAGGAAUUAAAAUUAUUUCUGGAUCGUUUCACUCACAUGAAGCCGGUCGUAAAAUGAGCCUACGACAUAUUCGGUCUGGCAAAGAAUUAAAACGGAUCAUUGAAGAUGAUAAUUAUGAUUACAGUUAUCAGCAUGUUCAUCAGCUUGCUAAUGAAACAGUAGUCUUACCGGGAGAUUAUCUUAUAACAGACUGUGCAUAUGAAACCAAACAUAGAAAACUACCCACAUUUGGCGGAUAUUCAACAAAGGAAGAAAUGUGUUUAACCUUUAUUACAUAUUACCCUAAAAUUGAGUUGUCUGGAUGUUACAGCAUGACGCCAGUACGCGAGUUUUUUGAGAUGUUCGGCGUUUACCAAUUUUAUUCAAUGAAUAUGACGGAUGUUGAAAACUUAUUUCUUUAUAAUGGCAAUGAUUAUAUAAAAAAUUCUAUAUUCACAGAGGAACAAAAAAGAAGUGGAAAUUCAUCGAAAGACGAGAAUAUUUAUUAUGAUGAUAAUUUACUAAACAAAUUGCUUAUUUCUGAUCCUGUUGAAUUUCAUGAUCGAACAUUUUUGUCCCAUUUAUAUCAAUUGCCUUGGCAUGAACCGCUCUUUACAAAACGUGUUGAGCUAGAAUUUAUAACUGGAAAACACAUGACAUUUUGUCGUGUUUCGAACGACUCGAUAUCGAUACCAUCGGAAAUUAUACGGUUCCCUGAGUUUACCGCAUAUGUCAAACCAGCUAAGACUUGUCUGAAUUAUAUGUUAAGUGGUAAUGGCGAUUUUCGUUCUAAAGGUUCUAGACAUGUAGAUGCAUUUAUAUUAAGUCUCUUUUCUUUAAUCGUCUUUAUAUUUUAAAUUUGGCUAAAUACUUUAAUGCAGUAAUGUAAAUGGAAGUAAGUCAUGCAAAAUGAA